AUGAAGGUGUUCCAAGCUCCAACAAAAGAGGGAGGCCUUGCAGUCCCCUAUAAAAAGACUUACCACCACGCCUCCAUACUGGCCACGGUGCUGCCUCAUUUUCUCGGAGGCCCCAAGCCCCAAUGGGUGGCCACAGAUGGUAAUUGGAUACUGCCCUUCAACCUCCCAGCAUGUUAUGGCUACUUAAACACUCAGGCCACCCUUAUCGUCAGCGCCGCCUCAGAUUACCUUAACUCUCCAGGUUUGGGAUACCUGCAGGUCUAG